AUGAAGGAAAGGCGGCUGCUGCGCAUCGACUUGGACGGCCUGGCCGUUCGAGGCGGCGCUGCUAGAAAGGCCGAUGACCCCCAGCGCGUCAAGAACCAGACACCGACAAUCCGACCAGACCUGGCAGUCGGGUUUCUAGCCUGCGUGACCUGGCCGAGACGGGAUCCGAGGACCAGUCAGGGCUGGACCCCCUCGCUCCAGCGCGCCCAGAUCGGCACGACAUGCUUCAACCAAUACAACAUGGCUGAGGGGCCGUCCCAGGGCUCCCUUAUGCGCGAGAUCUACCCCGCGUCCGCUAGAACGCCGAUAUGGCUCGGACCCAAGUUCCGCUUAAUAACUUGCGUUCCGCCUGGCGUCUCCUGA